AUGACUACAGGAAAGCCAAAGGUGCUCAUCGUGCUCACCUCGAGCAAGCAUGGAUGGUAUCUGCCUGAGCUCGCCCAUCCGUAUGAGAUUCUUGCUCCACACACCGACAUCACCAUGGCCUCUCAUCUGGGAGGAGAAGCCCCGUUGGACGAGAAAUCGGUCGAGGCGUUCAAGAACGACGAGAUCUGUGCUCGAUUCGUCAGAGAGAACCAAAAGGUCUGGAAGAAUACGGAAAAAUUGGAGGAUCUGGUUCCAAGAGCCAAAGAAUUCGAUGUCCUUUUCUAUGUUGGUGGAUACGGACCAACCUUUGAUGUCACCGACUCGGAGGCGACCGUCGCCUUCGUCGAACAAUUCUACCACUCCAAGAAAAUCAUUUCUGGUAUCUGCCACGGAGCUGCUGUUCUCGCUCAUCGAACAAUCCCAGGUACCGACAAGAGCAUUCUUGAGGGGCAUCGAGUGACCGGCAUCAGUAACAAGGAGGUUGACAUGCUAGCGUCCGGCAUUGAAGAGCCAUUCAGCGUGGAGAGUGACUUGAGCAAAGCGGGAGGCAAGUAUGAAAAAGCUGCCGAGCCGUUCAGUGGACAUGUGGUGGUCUCCAAAGACUCGGAAGGUCGGGCUUUCAUCACGGGACAAAACCCGGCCAGUGCUGUUGGCAUCGGCAAGGCAAUUUAUGAGGAGUUGUUCAAGAAGCCUUAUCAAGGGUGA